AUUUCGCCCUCACAUGACAUCCCCAAGGCCCAAAACCCUAGUUUGCAUAACUAGCAAUCGAGGAGCAAUUCCAAGUUGAGAAGUGAGAUCUGGGGGCUGACACCUACCAAGUAGCAAUUUACCAACCAACCAGAGCUCCAUAGCUUGCGUCGGUGGUAUGUCUCAACUCUCAACUCUCACGACUGACUCUCAACGAAACAACUAGCUAGUAGUAGUGGUGGAGUGGCAAAUUUGGUGGUUAUUUAUUUGGAUUAGGUUAAAAUUACGAAAUAACAUAAACAGAAGGAUUUGCAGAUGGAAGGGAAUUCGGGGGGCGUAGGAGGCUGUGCAGCGGCAGUAGGCGGCGGGAACGACGUCGAGCUCCUGUGUAAGACGCUGCAGGUUGAGCACAAGCUUUUCUACUUCGAUCUCAAAGAGAACCCUCGAGGCCGCUAUCUUAAAAUUUCCGAGAAGACGUCGGCCACCAGGUCCACCAUCAUCGUUCCCUUCUCCGGCAUCUCUUGGUUUCUCGACCUCUUCAAUUACUAUGUCAAUUCCGAUGACCAGGAAGUCUUCAGCAAGGAAUUGCAGCUCGACACCAAGGUCUUCUACUUUGACAUAGGCGAAAAUCGCAGGGGCCGCUUCUUGAAGGUUUCUGAAGCUUCUGUUAGUAGAAAUCGCAGUACUAUUAUUGUUCCUGCAGGAAGCACCCGAGAUGAAGGGUGGGCAGCAUUUAGAAACAUUUUGGCGGAGAUCAAUGAAGCAUCAAGGCUUUUUAUACUGCCAAAUCAGCAGCAAAGUUCUGAACCUUCAGAGCGUCUUGUUGGGCUUUCAGAUGACGUAGGCGCUGGUUUCAUAUCUGGCCACAGUAGUCAAACUGCUCCAACUUCUGAACUGAAUGACAGAUCCGCUGAGUUGCCGGCACAAGAUGAAAUUGGUAACAUGGGGAUAUCUAAAGUGAUCAGAGCUGAUCAAAAGAGAUUCUUCUUUGAUCUUGGGAAUAAUAACAGGGGUCACUUCCUAAGAAUAUCCGAGGUUGCAGGUUCUGAUCGGUCCUCCAUAAUUCUUCCGCUGUCAGGGCUCAAGCAGUUCUAUGAAAUAGUAGGUCACUUUGUGGAGAUAACCAAAGACCGAAUUGAAGGAAUGACAGGUGCAAAUGUUCGGACAGUGGAUUCCCCCCAGAGAUGAAUCCCUCCCCUCGGGUUUGGUGAUUAAACCAAUAAUUCCAGUAUAUCAAGAUUGCUUUAGAGGUACAAGUAGGUGUUUGAUUAGGGGUGGGAUUCUCCUUACAGUUGUGUUUCUGUUAUUUUCUUCUCUUCUUCUGUUCACUCAUUCAAGUCUGAAAUAAUAUCCGUUUUUCUGUUUGCUGAACAUACAAUUCGGAGAUUAUUGCCAAGCUUAAUUUAAACAAUCAAUAACACAAAAAACAGACAAGAUACUUGUAACUUGAGUUUGAUAGUGUGUCAACCUUUCAGAUUAAUAGUAAUGACCAUUCCAGCUCUGCUUUA